AUGACCAGAGAGACAUUGAAGACGCUGCAGUCCACGUUUGGUGAAAUGGUUGCUUCGUUUGUCUUUGGAUUCGCUGUCUACUCUGCCUUGCUGGGAUCUGCACUCACCGAGCAGUCUGCUGCUAGAGUCAUCGUUGGGUUGACAGUCGGGUUUUCUGGUAUCUGUGUGAUAUAUUCGUUUUGUGACGUGACUGUUGCACACUUCAACCCGGCAAUCACGCUUGCGGCGAUAUUGACGUGCAAGCUUGGGGUUCUUCGUGGAAUAGGAUACAUCGUGGCCCAGUAUAUAGGAUUCAUCCUUGCCGUAUGUGCUCUUCUUCCAUGCUCUCCAGUAGGAUAUAAAGAGACAUUGAAUAUAAUAAGGCCUACGCCUUCUCCGUUUGGAGGAGACAAUCUUAAUGUCUUCUUCACAGAGUUCUUCCUUACUGCGAUCCUCGUCCACGUUGCCUUUGCAACAGCCGUCAACCCGUACAAGCCAAAGACCGACACCGAGGGGAAGUUUGUGGAUCCAGACGAGGAGGAACCUGUCGACCGCAGGAUCACUGCACCCUUGUGCAUAGGCCUGACGCUUGGAUUCCUGGCAUUCCUGGGUCUGGCAAGCUCCGGGGGUGCAUUCAACCCAGGCCUUACGCUUGCCCCAGUGAUAAUGUCAAACACAUGGAACCAUUUCUGGGCUUACUUUGCAGGCCAGUACCUGGGAGGCUUUGUGGGAGGCUUGCUCCAGGUGCUUGUACUGUACAAGCUCAGCUUUUAG